AUGUCGAAAGAGAAACAAAAAGUUGAGUUAAACAGCGUGUUGGGGUACCCACAGGACGUUCUUUUGAGUGAGAUAAAAUCUCUUGCCUUCUCACCGAAAACAUUUGAAAAAUAUAGCGAACUUUUAACGGCCUAUAAGCCUAACGAAUUUCCGUGCAGUCAUUGUCUUAUUUUACGUGAACAAACAAGAACACUCAAUGACAAGAAUUUACAGAAGUUCAUGUCAGAAGUCGACGCUUACAUCACAACUGUUAAAGUAGAGAAUUUUGCGAGUGCGGAAUCUCUCUUUUUGGAGAUGUUACACAAGACAGAAGUGUAUUCACAGCGCAACGGAAAUCUCAUCACAAAAAUGUCGCCAGUGAUUGAAAAGUUGUUGUCUCGGGUCGAGUAUGGCAUCUUGUCGCCAUACCAUUCAUUCCAAGCUCAUAUCUUAUACUCCACAAAGCAAUAUGAUAUUGGGAAAGUGUUAUAUUGCACCAAAUACAAAGGGGUAGCUCCUGGAAUGGAUUCGUUUUCUCUUCAAAUGUAUUUGUACUACGUUGGAUGUAUAGCCUUGAACAAUCGAGACUUACGUGACGCUUUAUUCUUAUUCCACCAAUGUGUCGUCUGUCCAAAUAAAUCAUUGACCACUCCAGCUUUGUGUGCUUGGAAGAAAGCCACUUUGCUCUCUUUAAUUGUUCGUCACACUCAAUACAACACAAAUGGGUAUCUCGCCUUCUUUGUAGAUAAUUAUAAGGAAGCCACCGUGUACAUAACUUUAAGUGAACAGUUCAGUGCGGGUGUCGAUAAGCUUCAAAACGUCAUCGAAAUGUUUUCCCCACAACUCAAGUCAGAUGGCAACUUUGGCUUGGCUAAACAAGUCCUUGUCGCUGCCGUGUUGAAUGGCUUCGACAACGUGUCAAAAGCUUUUUCGACAAUCGCCAUCGACCAACUUGCAAAAAGAGUGCAUUUGACACAAAAUGAGUUGAAGAAGUUCAUUAAAGCGAUGACCGAGAAAGAUUUGCUCACCAUCACCUUGUCACAAGACGUCGUCACUUUCAAAGAGAAGCCUGUUAACGACAAAACCAUUACUGAACUCUUCCAACAGUUAGUCGAGUGUGAGGCCAUCUUCGGGUUUAUGAAACAGCACAUCGCAAUCAAAGAAGAAGAAAUCGCCAGUGCAAAAUCCGCUCAAAAAGCAAAAGAAGUCAAAGACAAGAAGCAAACUGCAUAA